AUGAAGAAUAUCACUAUUUUAUCUUCGCUUUUGGUACUUUCAAUCGUAUCUGCUGCUGGAGUCUUUAGAGUUAACACUACUACUAAUCAAAUAGUAGAUGAGCAAGGAAGAGAACGUAUUUUCCACGGUCUUAAUGCUGUAGGUAAAGUCAAACCAUACAUUCCAUACAUAGAAGCUUUUGAACCAUGUAUGUCACUUUCUGAAGAAGAUUUUAAAUUCAUGAAGGAGUGGGGUUUAAAUGCUAUAAGACUUGGAACUAUGUGGCCAGGUGUUGAGCCUUCAAAAGGUAACUUCAAUGAAACUUACUUGACUCAAUUAAAAUGGAUAGUAGAUACUGCUGGUAAAUAUGGAAUUUACUCUUUGUUAGAUAUGCACUAAGAUAAUUUCAGCGAAAAGUUUUGUGGGGACGGUAUUCCUUUAUGGCUUAUUCCUGAAAAAGAGUAUAAUUAUUUCCCAUUGCCAAUUCCUAAAAAGAUUGAAUUCGACAAUGAAACUGGCAUACCCAUAGACUGCAGUAUAGCUACUGGUUGGGGUACUUAUUACUUCUCCUGGGACGUCGCAGAAGGAUUCGAAAAGCUCUACACAAAUUACGAAGGCAGACUUGAUUUGUUCGCUAGAUUUUGGGGAAAAAUAGCUCAAACCUUUAAAGGAAAUCCCUACGUUUUAGGUUAUGAAAUAAUUAAUGAACCUUUUGCAGGUAAUAUUUUUAAGAAUCCUCUAUUACUAGUUCCUGGAUAUGCUGAUAAAAAUCGUCUUUAAGCAGCUUAUGAGAGAGUAGCUUAAGAAAUUCGUAAAUACGAUGAAGAUCAUUUGAUUUUCUUUGAACCUGUCACUUGGGAUAAUAUGAUAUCUGUAGGCUUCACUCAAUCUCCUGGUGGAGAAAAGUACUCUGAAAAAUCAGUUCUUGCAUAUCACUACUACAAUCCUCCCGAUUUUGCUAUGGAUCUCUUCUUUAAUUAAAGAAUAAAAGAUAUCUAAAGACUGAACGUUGGAGGUUUCCUUUCUGAAUUCUAUGCAAAUUAUGGUCCUUAAUCAGAUGUUUUAAAAACUAUGGAUAUGUGUGAUAAACACAACUAAAGUUGGUUAGGAUGGCUUUAUAAAGGUUUCUACGGCUUUUGUGGUGGUUCUCCUUCUGACUAAAAUGGUGGUUUCUUUUACAAUAAUGGUACAGCUGUGUACGAGUAUGUACAUAACGUUGCCAGAACAUAUGCUACUGCAAUAGCUGGUAAAACAAUAAGUUCUUAUUUCAACUCUACAUCAGGUGAUUACACUUUAAAAUACAAUUUGUGCGUAGAAUGCGGUUAAACAGAAAUUAACUUCAACUCUGAACACUAUUAUCCAAAUGGUUUUACAGUUUCAAUUUCAGGAAAUGCUAAGUACGUUUCUAAAGAAGGGCAACUCAUUGUUACUCCUAAUUCUAACUCUAAAAAUAAUGAAUUAAUAACAGUAAAAAUGGUAGCUAACCAAUAAAACAGUUCACAAAGUGCUCUUUAAAUUUGA